AUGGCACUGGACAUCAAAGGCGCCUUUGACAACAUAAGCCAGGAAGCCAUCCUGACAGGACUAGACAACCUAAAUUGCGGCAUGAAAAUACAGAGCUACGUCAAGGCAUUUUGGUCCAACAGAACAGCAACAAUCGGCCUAGGCGAGCUGAGAUCCGAAAAGUUCAACACCCCAAAGAAAGGAACACCGCAGGGAUCGGUCAUCUCACCCAUCCUGUUCAAUGUUGCCAUGAUUGGACUGGCCCAACAACUAGACCAAAUCGACGGCGUACGCCACGCCAUCGUGUUCCUGACAAUACUGGGCGCCAUUGUUGUGAUGGGCACCACUGCUGACCUAUACCUCGCGCGCAAGGCACGAAGAAACGACAAAAUUGGGUAG